CCUUCAGUUACACCGCCUCCGCAGACCGAAACGACGACGUGACAAGACAAGACGCUCUUGGUUUUCUAGACGCGAAUUACAACUAAAUUUCCAAUUUUCUCCGUAAUCACACUUUAAAAAGACGUCACAGUGCUGCUUCGCAUGUCAAGUUCUGAAAAGAAAAAAAAAAAAAAAAAUAGAAAAACUUUUUCUUUAUCAAACUCUCACGCGUAGAAAAGGAUCGAUCCUAUAGUAACAACCACGAGACAGAGACGAAGAAGUCUUUUUUUUUUUGGUAAAGUCGACAAAUAACGUCGGUCGUUUGCCAGAAGGAAUUUAUAUUCACUCACAAAAAGGCACACAAACAGUUCAAAAUAAAAUUGAUUUAAGUGGAUUUCACUGAAAAUGACUUCCUCUUAAAGCUGCACUCUCUUCAUCAAGGACAAAUAAGGAUCCAACCCCUUUAUUUUUUUUGUUCGUUGACGACUCGUUCGUUACUCGAAGGACAAGGUUUUUAAAGCAAAUACCACUCUAUCAGGAGGAAUAACUAAGAUAAAAAAAAAAUUAAGUGAAGUGAAUAUAGCCUCCAAGGAUAUCAAAUAAGAAGGGACGGUUUUUUUUUUUUGUCGUUCACGUUCACGUUCGCUAUACCAGCUAUUGACAUCAGCAAAAGAGUUUUUCAGUGUCAAGCGUCUCGUCUUAUUUUGCAUUUUCAGUUUGUACGCCUUAUUUAGUUCCUCGUUCACCUGGAAUCUAUUAUCCUCUUAGAAAAUAGAAAAAAAAAAUAUAUAUAAAGUGCUUUAGCAUUCAAGUAGCGGAAUAUACACGUCUAUGUCGUCUAUGUUCUACUACGACGAACAAACCUCUUGAGAUAACCCAUUUUGAGAAUUUCUUAUGACAUAAAGUGCAUCUUGAGAAUAUAGUAGAAGCGUCGGCGGCGGCGGCGGCAGCGCAACGAAGACACGAGAAAAUGAGGCUUAUCAACAGAUGUUGCUCUUCUUUUAGCAGACUACUACAACUACAACCAUCAUCAGGCUUUGGCAUUCAAGAUCAGCGGAAGAUACUACGACUGCUUGCAAUUGCUAUGUUGUUGGGUCACUUGGCAUUGUUUCAAUUGGUUGAUGCAUCAACACAAUCAACAUCAACUUCAGCAAUAGAAAAUAUGUCCUUACCACUUGGCAAUGACAGCAAGUACGCAUUACCCAAGGGAAGAUGUCGAGGGCAGGAUGUGAUAUCUUUGGUACCGGAAAAAGAUCGUGAAUUAUUUGUCAUCUAUCAUUUGGCAAAAGCCUUAAGCUCAACAUCUUCAAAUAAAAAUAUCAUAUCACCCCGAACAAAUAUUGAACUAGAAAUUCCAAAGAUAAAGUCAGAGGCAUUUGAGAGUAUUUGGACAUACGACACAUUCUCGGCUGAUUUAUUGAAGUGGACAAUGCAAACAUUCGAAUGGAGUCAAUUCGAUGUGAACAAUAAUUUGUUGUUGAGACAAUUUCGUCGAAAGCUUUGUACACCGAAAGGAUGGUGUUUUAGUCCAAGUGAUGUUGGAGCUAUGUGUUGUCCUUUUUGAAUUUAUUUUUUUUUUUGUUUUCUAUUUUUUUUGUGUAUAGAGAAAAGUAUGUCUUUGAUAUUAUUGC